AUGUUUCAUUUUCUGCUACUUGUCUUGGGUAGUCAUUAUUUAUCAAGACUGUUUUCAAAUGUUUCAACUCGUCGUCUAGUGACGAGUGUUGCAACAACAAUAAACUCAGCGACUGCUGAUGAUAUCGCUCUUAAUGCAAAAAAUCCACUGAACUUAAAUCAAGCCGAAGUAAUUGCGGGUUUGGCGCUAGAUUUACUGAAACAUUCUAGAAAAAUUAUCAACCCAAUCACCAAAGCGCCAUUUCGUGUCAAAUUUGGCCUUCAUUCUGGUGGGGCUGUUGGUGGCAUUGUUGGUAAUAAAAACUUUCAAUAUUGUCUGUUUGGCGAUACUGUGAAUACAGCAUCACGUGUAACCACGACUGGCGACGUUGGUAAAAUACACGUCAGCGAUACGUCUCAUGAUUUAUUGAAAUCAUCACAAUAUUUUGAGUUAGCCUUUCGAGGAAGAACCGAAAUGAAGGGAAAAGAAGUGAUGACAACAUAUUGGCUGACUGGUGCCAAACCAGCUUACUUGAAUCAAGUUGAAGCACUGAGUGAAUUAUCAGAGACGAAUGAAUCGUCUGCAGCGACGGUGUUCCAACAAACAAUGUAUCAAUUAAGUGCAUUACCUGACGCAAAAAAGGAAGAGACUCAAGAAAAUAGCUUAGAGGAAAAUACCACAAAUUCGGACAAUAAAAAUGCAACAGGAGAACAACAGUCACCAGCUAGAAGACUAUCAAAAAAUGUGUUAAAUACACUAGCGUCAAGUACACUGUCUGAUCAAUGUCCAUUUUCCGGAAUGAAAACAGCUACGUUUAUGCAUUAA